AUGACAGAUGAGAGCAGAAUUCAGGAGGAAGAAAUUGGGGCUUUCUCUUCAUCCAGUGAUGAAGAGUGCACGAGUGAGUCGGUUAAAAAACGCCCAGCGUGUCUAGACGUCCACCAAAACCCUCAUCACUACUGGCGACCUACGGCCCUCACACGAGACGAGAAUAUUCGACGGCUGAACCUGGCAUCUGAAUGCUGUGCCUUCAACCACAAGGAGCUGAUGAUGCCAGCCCCCCACCCCCAGCUCUACCCCUGGGAGAAAGACUUCCUGUCCCACCCACCUCUACGGGAUAUCAGAGACAUCGCGUCAGCGGACAACUCCAAAGUGGUUUUAGUCAAUGACUCCAGCACGUUCAGACUAGGGGACAUCAUCAACAUUCAAGUGGUGCUGUUUAAUGGGAGAGGGGAGAGAAUUACAAUAGGUGGGACCAGCGUCAGGGUGUGGCUGGUCACUGCUUAG